UUGCAGUCACUUCAAGAACAUACUUCAUUAUUCAAAGGUGUAUCAUAUGAUAUAUAUAUUUUUUCCAGUUCUAAUUAUAGGAUAAUUGGACAGCAUCAACAGGACAAGGUAAUGUUUCUUUGUUAAAUAAGGAGAGAGAGAGAAAGAAGGAUGUAUAAUGAAUAUCCAAUAAAAUUAUAAAGCAUUGUGCCAAACAAUGAAAAUUAUUACUACGAACAACAAUAAACAUCCACACAGCUAUAAUAUAAAUACCUUUUCUUUUUCUCUCUCUCUCUCUCUCUCUCUUUUUUUUUUUUUCUCUAUUUUUUUCAUUCUUACUUUACAAUGAAGAUAUUCGAUAUAGAAGAAUUUGACAAUAUAAGCAAUGCAACUCUAGAUGGUAGUGCUUCCUAUUCCUCCUCUACCUCAAAUCAGUUAGUACAAACAAGCGGUCUCAAGACGACGACGACUGGGUCUCUCUCUGGAUUCAAAAGCGGGAUCAGCGUGACUCCUAUGAUUAAACUUCGUGGCAUAUCGCAUCUAACAGAAGAAGAAAGAAGAGAAAGAUAUCGCACUCGUCCCACCGGUAAAUUGAUCAUCAAUCCUAUGAUUAAACUUCCUGGUCCUGCCAGUCGUAAGAGUUACCUUACCCCUUUAGGAUCAUCGCCCUUUGCCGAUCAAAGACAACAACGCAUAACUUCCGAUGGCUCAAACGCGUGCUCCAUAGUCGAUCAAACAGAACAGAAAGCCACGUUUAGUACUUUUGGCGAUCCUUCUCCGUUUAUAAUGCAACUAAGAAAGAACGAGGGUAGUAGUACAAAUGAUACCACUUCCAAACUUUCUGUAUCAAACACAGAAUUCCAAAAGUUACUUAAUGCGGCCAAAGCUACCAUUGCCUGCUUCAAGAACGUGUUUAAAGAGACACAUCAAAAGACUAUUGAUAGACUUUCUGAUUCUAUUAUGCCACUUGUGCUUUUCAAGGAAACUUAUGCGAUGAGACUAAGAGAUAUUGAAGGCUUAAUCAUCCAGCUGAAGAGUGAUGAAACGAAUGGUGAAUUGAACAAGCCAGAACAGGAUAAUCUUGAUGUAACAUUGAAGGAUUUUAUAAGCAAGACGGAGGAGUACUCUUUAGCUACAAGAUCAUUGGAGGAUGCUGUCAGUACACUGGUUGAUGAAUGUGAACACUUGGUACAGGCGCUCAAGGAGGACUUAUCCAGAAAGAAGCGUGCUCGUUUGGAAUGGGAUGAUAUCAAUUCUCAACUAUCUGAACGAGGAAAUCAAGUAUGGAAGAAGCAGCGUACAGGAUGAACAAGUGAUCAAGAAAGUUUAUAAAUAAAAUGAAUAAACACUGCCUCUAGUCUGUAGUAUUUGAGUGACUCAUAAAGUAUACGUUUACCUUUUUCAAGGUCGUUCGGGAGGGUGAAGC